AUGAAGAACUCAGUAUCUGAACAGAGUUUCUACUUGGAAAGUGAGGGAGAAGAAGAAGAUGAUGAAGAGGAAAAGCUCUACGAGAAAAGUGAAAUAGACGGUAACGAUUCAGAUUAUUCGAACGAAGACGAACAUAUGGAACAAAGCAAGGCUGGUUCUUUAGACCCCUCUUGGCCUCAGAGUUACAGGCAAUCUAUGGACUUGUACGGGAGUGUCCCAUCAGCAAGUCUAAACUUUCUGGGCCCACAAUCACUUUCGAGGAUCGGGAGCUCAUUCCUCUCAUCGUCCUUUGUAAGAAAACGGACCCCAGAGGUUUUACCGUCCGUAAUUAAGCCACUGAUUGUGCCUUCAGAGCCUGAGAAGAGCAGCUCUCAUCAUCUUCUUUCACCUACACUUUCUAGAAGGUCCAGCUUAAGAAGAGCUGUUCUUGAUAAAAGGGCAUCGAUCGAACACUUUAUCCCGGUUUCUAAUCGGAGUACAUUCGGGCAGGCAGUGAUAAAUGGCAUGAAUGUGAUAUGUGGAGUUGGGCUCCUUUCGACACCGUAUGCUAUGAAAGAAGGAGGCUGGUUGGGCCUUUGUAUACUUAUGAUGUUUGCUGUACUUUCUUAUUACACUGGAAUUCUAUUAAGGUCUUGUUUGGAUAGUAAACCGGGCCUCGAAACUUACCCGGAUAUCGGCCAGGCUGCGUUUGGCACUACCGGACGUAUACUUAUAUCUGCUUGUUGUGUUGAGUACAUUAUUUUGGAGGGUGAUAACUUGUCAUCCUUAUUUCCCAACGCGCGUUUACACAUAGGAUUGAUUGAGCUAAACUCUCCCCAUCUUUUUGCAUUGAUCACAACGCUUGCAGUUCUUCCUACCGUUUGGUUACGAGAUUUGAGCAUCCUCAGCUACAUUUCUGUCGGAGGGGUGAUUGCAUCGAUAUUAGUGGUUGUUUGUUUGUUCUGGACGGGAUUAGUGGAUAACAUUAAUAUGCAUGCCAAAGGAUCGACUAUAAACCUCUCGAGCCUUCCGGUUGCGAUUGGUUUAUAUGGUUUUUGCUACUCGGGCCACGCUGUUAUUCCCAACAUUUAUUCGUCCAUGGAAAAGCCGAGCCAAUUCCCUUCUGUUCUUCUCAUGAGUUUUGGUAUUUGUACUUUGAUGUAUGCUGGAGCUGCAGCUAUGGGUUACAUUAUGUUUGGUGAGACUACACAAUCACAGUUCACACUCAAUAUGCCGAAAGAUUUAACUGCCUCCAAAAUUGCUGUUUGGACUACGGUUGUCAAUCCAUUUACAAAAUAUCCUUUCUACAUCCGAUUGUUCGAAUUUCGGUGA